AUGGCUCGCCGACUCGUCCGAACGGGCGUUCAGCUCGGCUUGUUAGUAACGUUUGCGCUCCUUCUAGUCGUCUUUCUCGACAGCAAAUUCCGUGUCCUACCAGCGUCAAUCCAUGGCCAUCUCCCCAUGCACUAUUCUGGCUAUGUGAUCACUGAUGUGACCAUCACACAAUGUUCCUCGCUCAAUCCCUUCUCGAGCUGCAAGUUGGAUCCGGAGGCCUGGUACCGCAUCGAAAAGGAUCUCUAUCUACGCACCGGCUGGACCUCGACUGCGUAUAUCCAAUUCCAGCGAAAGAAGGAAGAAGAGUUGGGUCUGGAUGAUAAGGUGCUCAUUGACCUGAAGAUUAGUCGCCUGACCCCACCGACCGAGUAUACCCCAAAGGGAGAGGAUGAGGCAUGGGAGGCCCGGCCGGGUGGUAUUUGGCUGAGGCGGACGGCCUCGCGCCACGCCAGCGAUUCCGAGAAGGCAAUCACUUAUAUUGACGUGCUCUUCGGCGCCGACGCUGUUGACCCUCGCCACAAUUGGGAGGUCAAAGACACACCCUUGUUGCUGGAUGGGUGGACAGAGAAGCUAGAGACUCGCCUCAGCAUUCGACGUGGCAACCCCCUGAAGAACAAGAAGCCUACCCCUCGGAUCAACGACAACGGAAAAUUCAAAGUUAUGCAGUUGGCCGAUCUGCAUCUGAGCACGGGUCUUGGUGCCUGCCGUGACCCCGUCCCCGCCGAAUCAGUCCCGGGACAAAAGUGUGAAGCUGAUCCCCGAACAUUGGAGUUUGUGGAGCGACUCCUCGACGAAGAGAAGCCGGAUAUGGUCGUUCUCAGUGGAGAUCAGGUCAACGGAGAAACUGCUCCGGAUGCUCAAAGCGCCGUAUUCAAGGGCGUGAAGCUUCUAGUCGACCGCAAGAUUCCAUACGCUGUUAUCUUUGGAAAUCAUGACGACGAAGGUGACCUCAACCGGGCACAGCUCAUGUCCAUCUACGAAGACCUACCGUACUCUCUUUCAGCUGCGGGCCCGGAAGAUAUCGACGGAGUCGGUAACUACAUCGUCGAAGUCCUCGACCGCGGCGGUGGCACGCACUCGGCCCUUACUUUCUACCUCCUUGACACUCACGCCUACUCUCCUGAUGAGCGGCAAUUCCGGGGCUACGACUGGGUUAAACCGAGCCAGAUCCGUUGGUUCAAAAACACCGCACAGAGCCUGAAGAGGAAACAUCAAGAGUACUCCCACAGUCAUAUGAACAUGGCUUUUAUCCAUAUCCCUCUCCCCGAGUACCGGAGCGACGGUAAUUACUGGAAGGGUGAGUGGCAGGAACCACCGACAGCACCCGGAUUCAACUCUGGCUUCAAAAAUGCCCUGGAAGAAGAGGGUGUCUUGUUCGUAAGCUGCGGACACGAUCACGUCAAUGACUACUGCAUGCUCGAGAAGGACUCCAAUGAGAAACCCUCAUUAUGGAUGUGCUAUGGCGGCGGUGUCGGUCUUGGCGGAUACGGUGGCUACAACGACUACGUCCGGCGCGUCCGUUUCUUCGAGUUCGAUAUGGGUCCCGGCCGGGUGACGACUUACAAACGUCUCGAAUGGGGACAAACAGAAGCGAAGCUCGAUGAGAUGAUGAUUGUCGAUGGCGGCUCUGUUAAAGGCCAUGGCGAAUAG